GUCGCGCUGCUGUCGCUGGCAUGCUGUUCAACCACUGUAGCUGGGCAGUUCUCUGCUAGCUUCUGGGAGACAUGGGGACACUACAUGCAGCUGGCCUCCACCAAGCCCAUCGACUGGAACGACACCAUAGGUCUCCGGGAUUCUGGUCAGGUUCAGGAGUCUUGUUAUGACCAGAGUGUACAACUUCACACCGACAUGACGACCGGCCAGUCUUACGCCAUCCAGAUGCUGGACAGUAGCGGAAAGCUCAACCCAACGGCUCUGUUUGAAGGUCGAUAUGACGACUUCGGUAGCUUCAAGGGCUGCAGGGACCGCGUCAAAUACGCGCCAGACAUACCGGCCGACAUGAAGGCCAUGUACUGUGUACUGGGCUGGACAGGAAUCGCACCGGAAUUGACGGGAGGAGCACAGAGUUUCACACAGGGACUCUGUGUACCCAACACGUGCGGCGAUCUUGAAGUUGCACUCCUUGCAAACACAGGCCUCCUUGGUACAAAGCCAAUGCCCAGCUGGACUGUGGUAGGUAUUCUCUGUCACCGGGAAGAAGUGUACGCCAGCUUCGACACAGGGGCCUACGUUGCAUUAUCCUUCAUCGCCAUCAUCCUGCUGAUGUUGCUUAUCGGUACGCUGUUCGAAUUCAUCAUAAACGUAUCUUACACGGAGGAGAAGGUGAAAUCUAUAACUAAGAGUAAGACUGGUCGGUUCUUUCUGUCUUUCUCUGUGUACUCCAACACCAAGAAAGUGUUCAACACAUACCAGCCGGCAGGGCAACUUCCGGCGCUUCACGGCAUCCGGGUCAUCAGCACUUUGUGGAUCAUCUAUGGACACACGGACUUCUUUGCCGACAAUACGCUUACAACUAACAAAAGACAGAAGGAUGAAUGGUUCUCACAGUGGUGGUAUUUCAUACGAGGAAGCAUGGACAUGGCCGUGGACACAUUCCUUCUAUUAAGUGCACUGCUGGUGUCCUACCUGUUCAUGAAGCAGCUGAAGAAGAAUGGCGGCUCCUUUACUGGGAAGGACCUGCUUCUUCACUACCUGCACCGUUACUGGAGGCUGACCCCCGUGUACGCCUUCCUCAUCAUGAUCUUUGCCUGCCUGAUGGUCUACAUGGGGACGGGACCCGUCUGGGCUAGUCCUAUCAACCUCGCCACGGGGAACAUGAAAGCCUGUCAAACGUGGAUGUGGACAAACCUGUUAUACAUCAACAACUGGUUCAACGGUGAACAAGAGUGUUUCGGCUGGUCGUGGUACCUUGGUGUGGACAUGCAGCUGUACGUCAUAGCUCCCGGCCUACUGGUUCUGCUCUACAAGAAGCCGAAGUUGGGUGUAGGUUUGGUGACCUUCUUCCUCAUCCUCAGCAUGUUCCUCACCGGAAUCCUCUACCACCUUUUCGUCAAUGUUCCGUCCGGAUCGUAUUACGCUACGGUGUACAAGUUCACAUUCACCCGUAUGGGACCGUACAUGGUUGGACUACUCAUGGGCUACAUUCUCUUCACGACUGACCGCAAAGUGCCCAACACCGGCAGCACAAAGGCGCUGAUGUUGCUGGGCUGGUUUGGUGCGACCGCCGUUGCUGUUCUGUUUGUUGGCGCUCCCGGGUGGAUCGGGACCCCGUUCUCCAUCUGGGGCCAACCAGCCUGGAGGGCGUUUGACAGGACCAUGUUUUCCUGUGCUGUGGCCUGGGUCGUCUUCGCUUGUUGUGUUGGAUAUGGAGGUAUCAUCACGGAGUUCCUAUCCUGGAGCGGGUGGGUGCCGUUGAGUCGCCUGACUUACACUGCGUACCUCGUGCACCCCAUCAUCAUGCAUGUCUACACCAUGUCUCUCAAAACACCACUGUUCUACUCGGCUACUAAUUGGUGGUUCUACUUCAUUGCGUACUCCUUCAUGGCCUUCCUGUGCGGCUUCGUUGCCUCCAUCAUGGUGGAGUUCCCGUUCUUCGGGCUUGAGAAGCUGAUCUUCCCCCAGCGCAGAGGCAGGGACAGCUCUAAGGCAUCAAACAACGUCACCAGCGGGGCACAUGACAACCAAGCUCUUGAACUCGGUGAAACUAGGCAACCAGUCGAUGACAGAGCUGCAAAAUCCAACGGACAAAUGGCGAUAACUAACGACGAAAACGACAAGAUACCAGGACAAGCCAACGGACAAUGGUCCGUCAGCAUCUCAGCGAAUCAGGAGACUUUCGACCAGAAACUUUAAAGUUUCAUUGUCAUGUGCUGAACACUGCCAUAACUACAUGCCAUGGUGGCAUUUUUA